GACGUCACGUGGUUGUCGUAGCUGCUUCCAUGCUUGAGUUGAUGUAACAGGCGUGUGAAUUGAUAAUUGUGCCGGUGUUUGAGAUUCAUUGAUCGGAUAAACGGCGAUCAGACGGAUCUGUUAGCAGACAUGUCGUACUGCAAGCAGGAAGGUAAAGAUCGCAUCAUAUUUGUCACUAAGGAGGAUCAUGAAGCACCCAGUGAUGCUGAGCUCAUCGAAGAUGAUCCAAAUGAUCCGUAUGAGGAUCACGGUCUUAUUCUCCCUAAUGGUGAUAUAAACUGGAACUGCCCGUGUUUGGGCGGUAUGGCCAGUGGCCCUUGUGGACAACAGUUCAAAGACGCCUUUUCUUGUUUCCACUAUAGCAAAGAGGAGGUAAAGGGUUCAGAUUGUGUGGAAAACUUCCGGAGUAUGCAGGAAUGUAUGCAGAAAUACCCUGAGCUCUACCCUCAUGAAGAUGACAACGACAGCGCCCCCUCUGGCGGGGCAGAUAAUGCACCCACUGAAUCCACUUCUGCUGACUCUCUCCCUACAUCCUCUCCUGAUUCCACACCAGCAGCCACAGAAAACCCAGCAGCUAGCUAAUAUUAUUUUAGCUUCAUUCCCUCCGCACCUCACAGCAGAGACUGCUCCACUUUCGAGUAUGAAGAGAUAAUAUCUUAACUACUACACCACUGGAUCGAUGCUCUCUACCUGACUGCAUGAUGCACAGAGAUGCAGGAAGCCCUUAAACUUCAGGUUUUGUGAUUAAAAUAUCCAAUUGACAUUAACAUGCAUUUGAGGGACCUAUAAAAAUGAGUUUUGAGGAUCUAUAUGAGUGGCAGGUGAGUUUGCACUUGGCCUAUGAAACAUUAGCUGUCAUUUGAAACGUCAGGCUUUGUAUUUUUUGGUUAUUAUUUGCUCCACAGCCUAAGCUAAGCUUAUUUGAUUUGUGUACUACUAACAGCUAAGCAGUUUUGAGAUACUCAACUAACAAGUCCAUAAACAUUUCAUGUGCUCUUUUUGUUGUAGAACAUGAUUAAACAAUUUUAUAAUAAAGAAAUGUUCUGUUGCUGAUGUGUUCGAAUGCAUGUAGCCCCAGGCUGCAUACCAAGUAUAAACAUUAGGGGGUGUGAGAGAGUAAACUAGUAAGUAGCCUUACCUGUCAACUGAUGAUACAUACAUAAUUUGUUGGUGUUAACUAUUAUAAUGGUGAAAC